UGGGAGCCACGUGGUGGGCGUCCCCUUGCGCACGUGUGUUUGGAGCGUCUGAGUCGCCAUGCCCGCCGGCUGGGGGGCUGUUUUCGCCGCCGGGGCCGGUCUGUUGGGGGCGCUGGCCGCCUGCUCCGCUAAACUGGCCCUGGGGGCGGAUUACCUCCGAGGAGCCUGCGCCGCGGUCGUCGGAGGCGAGGAGGCGGCCUCUGGUGUUUGCUCCUGGUUGCCUGUGAUGCUUCGCAUUGGGUGCGGUGGCCUCGUGCUUGCAUGCAACGCAAUCAUGUGGACUUUCUUUGCCAAAGCCUUGAGAUACUCCUCCUCCUCGGCUACAGCAACUUUGACCUCAACAGCGUCUAACUUCAUCUCUUCCGCUUUUCUUGGCAAGUUGCUCUUUGGGGAGACUCAUGCUCUGUUGUGGUGGAUAGGGAUAUCCUUAACCCUCCUCGGGCUUUUGGUGCUCCACACGGCACCACCUUUAGCAGAAGAAAAGAAGGAAAAGAAGAGAUGAAAACCCGCAACUACCACCCGGGCCUUCUGGCUUGCUUUACCUAGCCUAGCGGUGUCACCUCUCACUUUUCUUCACGGGGACAGAUUUUUAGCUGAUGGCGACAUACUGCAAAGACUACGGUGACAAGGUGACAGUGCAGCCAGCGAAGGAGGAGGGUCUUUGAGGAGAGAGAUUGGGCAUUUGGUAAAUGAGGACAGUUGCCACAAAGAUAGAUGGCGGAUGUGUCCCAGAGCCAGGGUGGAUCAAAAUCAAUGGGUUUUUUUAAUUUAAAAAAUGGUGUGUGUUUUUUUAAUUUAAAUCGUUUUUUAUCAGAUUUUUAAAAUAAAGUGCUUUUGGAAGAAAAAACUUUCUAAAUAUAGUUUUCUGUUUAAGUUACAUUGUAGUCCAAAGGCUAUUCAUGAGGAAAUAAGGAUUUGUUUUAAGUUUUUCACAUGCGCCAAAACUCAGUUUUGUUUUUUGUUUGUGUGUUUUUUUUAAAAAAAAAGUUUUACCACGUCAAUUAACAAACAUGGAUACAUAUGCUAUGAUGUUAUUGAAACAAAAUAAAAAAUUCCUUCCAGUAGCACCUUAGAGACCAACUAAGUUUGUCAUUGGUAUGAGCUUUCGUGUGCAUGCACACUUCUUCAGAUACACAAAAGCUCAUACCUAUGACAAACUUAGUUGGUCUCUAAGGUGCAACUGGAAGGAAUUUUUUUAUUUUGUUUCAACUACAUCAGACCAACACAGCUCCUGUAACUAGAACUAUGAUGUCAUUGUUUUAGUCGAAUAAAUUGUUUGAGUUGUUAUUAAGGAAAGGAUUAUUUUUCUAAGUACAUUAUUUAAAUGUACUUUCAGAUAAAGUACAGCAGAAAAGUAGUCCAAAUAUAAACAGUUAACUUAUUAAACCUCACAAUAGUUUCAUAAUUAUCUAUGUAUUUUUAUUUUUAAUAGUUUAACCAAAUCAGUAGUUUUUGAUAUAACUGUAAAAACUACAGUGGUACCACUACUUACGAAUUUAAUGCGUUCCGAACACACAUUCGUAAGUCGAAAAAAAAUGUACGUCGAAUCCCAUAGGAAUGCAUUGGGAGAAAAAAUUCAUAAGUCAAAGCAACCCUAUCUAAAAAGUCAUAGGUAGAAAAAAAUCCUAUCUAAACCACAUCCAAGAUGGCGGACGGAGCUCCUUGAGGAAGUAGAAACAUUCGUAAGUACAGCGGUACCUCGGUUUAUGAACACAAUUGGUUCCGGAAGUCUGUUCAUAAACCGAAGUGUUCAUAAACCGAAGCAAACUUUCCCAUUGAAAGUAAUGGGAAGUGGAUUAAUCCGUUCCAGACGAGGAAAAACGAUGCCUUAGGGGGCUAAGGCAACACAAAUUUUACUGUCUUUUACGCUCCUGGCAGAGGGGAGGCACUCUGCACGUGCUCAGGGCCCCUCACCGUCGCUCGGCGGAGGGCAGGGCUGGAAGAAGCGAGCGGCUGCCCAGCCCGCCUCGAGCCACUUAAAGGGCCGCCCCGCCGGCCGCGGCGCGCCCGAUCAGCCUGCGUCCUGGCCGGGCUGCUGCUGCCACUGCCGAGCUGGGCGCCAGGAUGCGGCUCCUGCCAGCCCCAAUCCCCUUGCUCUUCCUCAUGCUGCUGCUGGUGGGAGAGCCCUGGCCCGCCGGGCGUCAAACCACGCCACCACCUCCUGUACACAGCAGCAGCAGCCGCCCCAGCAGCAACGCCUCAGCGGGUGAGAGCGGUGCGAGAUCCUGGCCCUGCCGGGAAGACCUCAGCCCCAGACAUUACCUGCCCUGACCGGCAGCAGCAGCCGCCGCAGCAGCAACGCCGCAGCGGACGAGAGCGGCACGAGAUCCUGGCCCUGCUCGCAGGGGCUGCCGGGAAGACCUCAGCCCCGGACAUGACCCGCCCUGACCGGCAGCAGGCUGCCUCUUGCCUGCAGCAGCAGCCACCCCAGCAGCGACGCCUCAGUGGGUGACAGCGUCGCGAGAUCCUGGCCCUGCUGGACAUGCAGUAGCCCGGCAAUGGCAGCUCAUCCUCAGCUUUCUUCCUCAGGGCGCUGCGGUUCAUUUAAAAGGGCUGCCGGUAACUGCACCUCCGCGAGGGGAUAAAGCACAUGGAAGUUUCCCUGAGGGGAUCGAAAUGAGCCGGAUUCCUACAGCCUCUGCCGUUUCGUUUCUUCCUUCGAAAGAAUCCCAGGCUCUGCGCUUUAUCCCCUCGCGGAGGUGCAGUUCCCAGCAGCACUUUUAAAUGAACCGCAGCGCCCUGAAGAAGAAAGCGCUUCCUUCGAAGGCCACAGCCUCUGCCGGCGGGAGCUGCUUUGGGUCAGGGGUUGGCGAAAGCUUCACGGACGCCACUUUAAGCUUCUGCGCGGCCCCGAGGUAUGAAUGCCCCCCCCCCAAUAAAUAAGCCCGGCAGUUAAAAGGAGCAAGGCGGGCAUGUAGGAGGCGAGCGCCAGGGUCGGGGAAGGAGGCGGCAGCCAGGCACACCGGAUCAACUCCAAGCAGGGCGGGCGGGCGGCCUGGCUCGGUGGUGGCGGAGGUGAGUCGGGGAGCGGGGAGCGGCGUCGGGAGCAGGAGGGGAAAGCAGACGGCACCCUCUGUGCGCGCUUGCAUCGCUCUGUGCUCGCGAAGACAUCGGAGCACCUCCGCAGCUGCGGCCCAGGCCUUGGAAACCUCAGUUUACACUUCCAGUUUAUGAUGGUUCGUAAACCGAAAAUUCGUAAACCGAGGUGUUCGUAAACCGAGGUUCCACUGUAGAGUAAGUAGAGGUACCACUGUGCUCUGAAAAUGUAUUAUUCCAAAAAUGAAACCUUCCUCUGGUUUUAAAUAUUAAGGAUAUACCGGCAAGAAUUAGUCUUUCUGUUAAAAAAAAUAAUAAUGAUUCAAAUCAAGUCUUCCUGACUAGUGAUUUAAAUUGUGAUUUACUGUAAAUCGAUUUGAUUUAAAUCAAAUCCACCCUGCCCCAGAGCUACCAAGACUUAUUGAAGCAAAUGUUCUUUCGCAGUUUCUAAAGGUGAUGCCAUUGGUCCCUUUGGCUAGGCUGCCAAGUCAAUCCAUGUAUCUGGACCAACAUGCGUGUCGAGCACUCACACGUAUUCAUACAUGCAGUACCCACAGGCUUGGGCUCUUUGGCUAGCAGUGCUAUUUUUCUAGAAAUAUGGGUGCCAGAGCUCACUAUGAACAUCUCCUUUGUUCUCCUUUAGUUCCGGCACAUCUCAGGUGGGCACCAUUGCCAUUCUAAGAGAACAAAAGAGAUGUUCAGGAUGAGUUCUGGCACCUAUUUCUCUUGAGUCACUUAGCCAGCACCUCGUCAAGGUUUACUUUAUUUAGAGGUUAUUUUGAGAUCUUCAUGUCUUUUCUAUAUCCUAGUUUCUUUGGGGAAAUUUAAACUUACUAUGUUUCUUUGAGUAAUCAUUAGUUGAGUUUUAGUAUCAUUCACCUUAUCAAUAUCUCGUUUCAGGGAUUUAUCACGGCAUUGUUUUGUUUUUGCGCUGAUUAUACAUUUCCGUGAUUGUCUUUUUUGCAACUUGAGUUCCGGCUGAAGAAAAGCCCUCUCUGCUGGCAUUAUGAUGUGUGUUUGUUACGAAUGUGUGUUUACCCGUAACCUUAAGCCCACGAGAAGUUCUCACACAGGAGAAAUAAAGAAAGACUGGUUUAUUACAUUAAAUGGAAGUGACAAUAUAUGAACGCUGCUUCAGACAGAAAAAUCGAAUUUUAAGCAAACAGCAAAUGCUGCUCACCUUGAUCUAAAGGGGGAGGGGAUCCCUCACUAUUCGCAGAAGCCGACAGAAAGUGAGUGCGGCGAUUUUGCCACAGAAGCCACACUAGCGGGGAGCGGAAGGGAAGGGCUUUUUUUUGCAGCCGGAACGUGUCAGAACUCAAUUCCGGCCCAAGAGUUCCAGCACCUCUUUUUCUAGAAAAAUAGCACUGAGGAAGGGUAUAUGUCAGGCAUCCCCAAACUGCGGCCCUCCAGAUGUUUUGGCCUACAACUCCCAUGAUCCCUAGCUAACAGGACCAGUGUUUGGGGAAGAUGGGAAUUGUAGUCCAAAACAUCUGGAGGGCCGAAGUUUGGGGAUGCCUGGUAUAUGUGGUCUGUAGUGAAGCACACAGUCUGGCUGGUCCUUGUGAAGAAUGUUCCGUGUUGGAGCUUUGAGAGCUAACCAGCCAUUGAAAAUCCAGGGUUGAAAUACUGUUCUGAGCCAGUGCAUUCCAAUGGCGAAGGGAGUGGGGCUUUGAGAUGAGCAAUUCUUAUAAUUUCAAUAUUUCUAUCAUUCUGUUGCCUCCUCCUAGAGUUUCCUGCCUAUUUCCCAUUUUGUUUAUUCUGCUUACGUAAUUAAAAGUUGAAAGAAUAUAAUCCUAGUGAGCUAAAUGACUAAACUGGUUAUCCUUGUUUGUUUACUGUCUUAAACUUAUCUUGCUAUUUAUCUAGGUGGGAACCAUUCUUUUACAGGAGGUGUGGAUUAAAUUUGGCUGGUGACUAGAUUGCAUGUGCUGAUCUUUACACAAAGGUAUUGGGAGCUCAAUAUGUCUCCUUGACAGGUUUGAGAUAAGACUGGCACCAGGUUCAAGAAAAGUUCAUAACGGGGAUCUUUACUCAUAUUAAGCUAUGCCAGCCUUUACUCAUGUCAUGAUCUACAGCAGGCAUGUCAAACAGAUAGAUCGUGAUCUACUGGUAGAUCACUGGACAUCUGCGGUAGAUCACUGGUAGAUCACUGGCUCCCCCAAAAGAAGCUCAACAACUUUGGAUUCCCUAAAAAAAUGCUCAACAUUUUAGCCCUUCACACACACACACCCCAAAAGAGGGCUUUCCUCCCGCCUCAGAAAAGCUCAACAACUCUGAUCUGAACCCCUAAAAAAUGGGCCUUCCUCCUUCCAAAAAAAAAUCUCAACAACUUUGACCUGAACCCCCCAAAAGGCGGUAGAUCACUGCCAGUUUUUAACUGUGAGUAGAUCACAAUCUCUUCGGAGUUGACCACUCCUGAUCUACAGUAAUAAACAAUAGAAAAAGUUCAGAUGGACACACACCUAUUCACACUAAUUCUACAUUUGCUUGCCUCUCCCACUUCACAGACUGUGUAUGUAUUUUAUACCUCGUCUUUCUUUUAUCUGUUCCAGUUUAACUGUACAUAAUAGACUUUAAAUGACAGAGCCACACUUGAAAACACAUGGAUGGAUGCUUCUGGGAACAUUGCUUGGUAUAAUCCCGUAGCAACUGUUAGCCCACCUUUUUUGUCUUCUCAGCCCCAAACCUUCAUUUGUUCAAAUGUAAUCAGAGCCUGAAAAGGCUGAAUUUGAACCCAAAUUCAGCCAGAGUCACUGAGAUAACCAUCAACCGUAAUGCCCAUUUGCCCAUAUGUGACCUCCCUAGGGUUUGUGGUAGGCCGGGUAUGGGGAACAUGGCUUUCAUCUAAUGCAAGUGGUGAAGAAUAAAUGCAACAAGGAAGUGUGGUUUAGGCCGGAAUCUUAAGGAAUCUAAAAGGAAAGCACAGGUCAAAGCAAAAAGGUCACAGCUCAAAGCAAAAAGAUCUCAAAGCACAGGGAUCUCAAAAGCACCUAAUUUUCUGUGACACCACUGUUUGCCUGUUCACAAGACUUUCUUGUUUCUGUUCUGUUCUUCCAUAGAACAUACUAAAUCAGAGGUUCCCAAACUUAUUUGGUCUGUCGCACCUUUCUCAGGAAAAAAUAAUAAUUACCCAGCACACCCCUGGAAAUCUACGGUACCUUCUUUAAGUGAACAAAGAUGCGGUGACAAAUUGGUGUUCUUUUUAUGUAUCUCUAUUUCUACCUACAUCCUACAACAUAGGAAAUAAAGAUGCUGUCACCGGACUUGACCACAGAUUGGUUAUAACUUGCAUUUUGUGUGUUUGUUUGGAAAAUCGAGUAAUCACUAUGACUUCAACUCUGUGUUACGUCGGUAAGCGUCAUUACACAACAGGUGAAACGUGAAUUUUCAAAAAAUUCUUUAUGCUUCCAACACCCCUUAUUUUUAUUCAACGCCCCCCCCCAAUUGCACCCAAGGCUACUACUGCCCCCCAAGAUCAUUGCAGAGUUCCCCAGGGAGCGGUAUCACCCACUUUGGGAAACACUGGUUUACAGAAAAGGAAAAUAAAAAAUUAAUUGUGGCUCACUAGAGGAAAGAGCAGCUAGUGGUCUAGUCUCUGAUGUGCUUUAAGUCCCAUCACUAUAGAUCACCAACAGGUUGGUAUCACAAGUACCAAUUCAUCAGGGGUCUGGUAGCACAAGAGGCCAAUAACUGACUCUGCUGCUUGGCCCCUCAGGUUGACCAAACUGUCGGUAAAAAAGGGUAAAGGACCCCUGGACAGUUAAGUCCAGUCAAAGGUUACUCUGGGGUUGCAGCGCUCAUCUCACUUUCAGGCAGAGGGAGCCGAUGUUUCUCCGCAGACAGCUUUCCGGGUCAUGUGGCCAGCGUGACUAAACCGCUUCUGGAACAACGGACCACCAUGACGGAAACCAGAGCACAUGGAAUCUAUCUUCCGCCAUAGCAGUACCUAUUUAUCUACUUGCACUGACGUGCUUUUUAA